AUGAAAGUGGAGACAAUUCCCUCUCCAUCUGCACUCUCUAGCAGUGCCUCUACGGCUGUUGGCGUGAGAUCUGACCUGAAUAUUGACCAACCGCUCUCUUGUCUGACACUCGGAACGCAUGGCACUUCAAUUUCUGCUCCUGCUAAGCGUCGGCGAAUCACUGGACAAGCACCAGCGGCAUCACUAUCCACCACCAAUAUUAUCUGCCAGUCUACCGAAGCAUCGGCCGGGAGCCUAACUGGAUUGCCUGUUCCAGCACAUACUGGCUGCUCGCCGUCCAGUUUGGCACGAGCGGGACUGGUGGCUGCAGCUGCAGCUGCAGCAGCAGCAGCAGCAGCUGCUGCCGCAUCUACGAGUUCUGGCAUCGCUGGAGGCCCUAGCUCUAGUAGCGCAGGGACUGCAAAUACGACAAUCCCUUCUAGCAUGGAUGCAAGCACUGACUCAGUUCAGAGCAAUGUUUUGGUACCUGUAAGCCUUCCCGGAGGAGCAACUGGCUCUGUUCAAAUGGAUCCAGGAUCAGGUCGUGGAGCUGCAGCGGCCGCAGCAGCAGCAGCAGCAGCGGCUGGUCUCUUGAACGUAGUUAACGGGCCUAACGGUCCACAACUUGUAACUACAAGUCAGUUGCAACCCCAACUUCAACUUCAACAACAUCAGCAACAACAGCAGCAAGCAGCUGCAGCAGCGGCAUUUGCUGCCUCCACAGCUGCUGCUGCGGGAUUGUAUGUGCAGCAUCAGCAUCAUCAGCAGCAACAGCAGCAACUAGCACAUCAGCAAUAUGUUCAUCAGCAAGCUCAUCAGCAACACCAGCAACAGCAACAACAGCACCUCCAGCAGCAAAUGGUGGCAGCAGCAGCGGCUGGACUGAUGCCAUUGGCCGCAGCCGCCGCUGGUAAGAUGGCCGGCCAGGCUGGGGUUGUUAUGACGACACCAACCGGAUUGAUAACACCCACCAGCCACACCACAAAUGGGCAUUCCCAGGUAUGCAGACGUUUGAUCUUGGUCUGCAAUUUAAGCCCCUCUUGCAUACAUAGAUUUGGAUCCUAUGCUAUAUGUCCAUCUUUAUCCAGUGGAUUGUAG